AUGGACCCACCAAUUCCGACUACGACGACGACUGCAAUAGACGGAGACGAAGAUUGGGAACUUUGCAACGACGAUGGGUUCGUUUACAAGCGACGCCGUAUCUUCUGCUCAGAGGAGAACACCGGCGCCGGGGAAACUUCCAAACCGCCGGAUCCGGAGUUAGAUCCGGCGGUAGAGGAGAGGAAUCGAAGGAUACGUAGGAAGAGAAUACUGGUGAAGCUCAAGAGAAAGUACCAGAGGGAGAUCGAGCAGUGGGAGAUUUUGUCGAACAGCUUAAAUGCUAUGCAAGACAAGGCUGGUCGAUUUCAAACGCCGCAGCAGCGAGAAGAGAGGUUAAAUGCCAGCGAAACGACGUCGUCUCCGGAGUCUCGAGCUCGAGAUUAUGACGGAGAAGAUGCUUCCGCGACGCCGUCGUCUGUGCUCGACGAACUUCUUUCUAUGGCAGAGGCACAAGAAGCCAUAAUCAACGACGUCUCACACCUGUGUCCAGUUGCAGAAAACAUAUGUAGAGAGGAAGAAGAAGAAGAAAAGAAGCAGUCUUUCUUUGAUCUUGAUGUAUGGAGCUCACCAACGAGUCUAAUGGUGUCACUUUGUGCCGAUUAA